AUGGCAAGCGAUCAAGGCUGUGGUGCGGAGCAAGCAGCUGGGGACGCAGGCAGCCCAGAUGCAGUCGAUGCUAAACCAGACCGGUCCUUCUUUGUCCCAACACUCUUCAGUAAGAAGAAGAAGAAUGAUGCGGGGAAAUCAAUCAAGACCGCCCAGGACCGAGUGCUUACAUAUCAGUAUAACAUGAAUUUUGAGAAGGUGGGCAAAUGCAUCAUAAUAAACAACAAGAACUUCGACCAAAAGACAGGUAUGAGCGUCCGAAAUGGGACGGACAAAGAUGCUGAGGCCCUUUUCAAGUGCUUCAGAAACCUGGGCUUUGAUGUGGUCGUCCAUAAUGACUGUUCUUGUGCCAAGAUGCAAGAUCUGCUGAAGCAAGCCUCUGAAGAGGACCACAGAAAUUCCGCUUGCUUCGCCUGCAUCUUGCUAAGCCACGGAGAAGAAAAUUUAAUUUAUGGAACAGAUGGCGUGACAGCAAUAAAGGACUUGACCGCCCAUUUUAGGGGGGACAGAUGCAGAAGCCUUCUAGAGAAACCCAAACUCUUCUUCAUUCAGGCUUGCCGGGGGACAGAGCUCGAUGAUGGGGUCCAGGCCGACUCGGGGCCGAUCAAUGACACAGAUGCCAAUCCUCGAUAUAAGAUCCCCGUUGAAGCCGACUUUCUCUUCGCCUAUUCUACAGUUCCAGGCUAUUACUCAUGGAGGAACCCAGGACGCGGGUCCUGGUUUGUGCAGGCCCUGUGCUCCGCCCUGAACGAACACGGCAAGAGCCUGGAGAUCUUGCAUAUCCUCACCAGGGUGAACAACAGGGUGGCCAGGCACUUCGAGUCCCAGUCUGAUGACCCCCACUUCCACGAGAAGAAGCAGAUCCCGUGUGUGGUCUCCAUGCUUACCAAGGAACUCUACUUCUGAAAAAAUAACCAUUUCAGGGAUGCGUUCGAGCUGAAAAGCUACGGAUCAUUUGUUCACGAGUCUUUUUUCUUUUUUUUUUUUUUUGAUGCUCUUGAAAUACCCAGAAAUUCUAAAGGAUUUUAAUUCAGGAACAUUUAUUGAUUCAACAGGAAAGAAACUUUCUGGUGCUGUCUUACGUUCUUAUGUUUUUGGAGA